UCUGCACAUGCGCGCCGCUAUCUGGUCGCCACACAAAGGGUCAGUUACCCUUGCGGUAAAAUUAAAGUGCUCAGCAACAUGCUGCUUUUUGUGCGGAGUUAACCCACUAAGUUCGCGACGCUUGAAGUUCAGAACUACUUGACUGGAGCAAAAUCGAAAGAUUUGGUCCAUCCAAGUGGUCUUCGUGCGCGUUGUAGCUUCGGAGCCUAGUUAUCUUAGCUAAGCUUAGCUUAGCUUGCGAACACAGACCAACGUGGUUCGACGCUUGAACAUCAAGUUGGAGCCUUCUAAAGUGUGCAAAAUGCGCGCAAGAACGACGCCAGCCGCCAAGUUCGAGGCGGAACUUUGUGGCGCAAAAGAUCUGCGACAACAUCAAUGCUCGGCUUCUUGCAAAAUGCAAGAAAAGGUUGUGCCUUGCACACUACCAGAUCUAUAUGUCAGCCAAGACCAUUGUCCUGAGCACCAAGAGUCUGCAUGCAUCAAAGAGGAGGAAGAGUCCAGACCCAUCCAAGGUUUCAGCAAAUAUCUUGGUCCUGAGUGGCAGGAGUCUCCUGGCCUUAAAGAGGAAGUGGAGCACCCGCAAAUGAAACAGGAGGAGUCAGACCUGCCAUACGUUAAAGAGGAGGACAAUAUCACCAUGUCGACUGGUGUGCCCUUGAAUAGCGAGGAUGGUCCGACGGAGCCUCCAAGCAGCAGUUCAACAGAAGGAUCGCAAGCACACAUUUUCAUCGCACCAUCAGAUAGAAAUGGCGCCAUGUCACACUCACCUUACAAAGAUGAUGGUCAUAAGAAAUCUCACCGUGGCGACAAACUCUGCAAAUGCUCUCAGUGUGAGAAACCCUUCGUUAAUAACUAUACUCUUCGUAUGCAUAUGAGGAGCCACACGGUUAAAAAACCUUAUUCCUGCUCAGAUUGUGGUCAAAAAUUCACUCAGAAGAGAGUCUUUAACAAACACACAUUAACCCACACUGGUCAAAAACCUUUUUCCUGCUCAGUUUGUGGUCGCAGUUUCACUGAAAAGGAUAACUUACAAAGGCACACAAGAACCCAUACUGGUGAAAAACCUUUUUCCUGCUCAGUUUGUGGAAAAAGAUUCACUCAGAAGAGUGCCGCAAGUAGACACACAAGAACCCACACUGGUCAAAAACCUUUUUCCUGCUCAGUUUGUGGUCACAGUUUCGCUGAAAAGGACAACUUACAAAGACACACAAGAACCCACACUGGUGAAAAACCUUUUUCCUGCUCAGUUUGUAGUCAAGGAUUCACUCAGAAGAGCGCCUUAACUAGACACACAAGAACCCACACUGGUCAAAAACCUUUUUCCUGCUCAGUUUGUGGUCACAGUUUCACUGAAAAGCACAAUUUACAAAGACACACAAGAACACACACUGGUGAGAAACUUCUUUCCUGCUCAGUCUGUGGUCAUGGAUUUAGUUCCAAGAGCUCCUUAAAAAUCCACAAAAGAACCCACACUGGUGAAAAACCUUUUUCCUGCUCAGUUUGUGGAAAAAGAUUCACUCAGAAGAGCGACUUGAAUAGACACACAAGAACCCACACUGGUGAAAAACCGUUUUCAUGCUCAGUUUGUGGUCAAGGAUUCACUCAAAUUCACCACUUAAAAGUACACAUAACAUCCCACACUGGUGAAAAACGUUUUUCUUGCUCAGUUUGUGGUCAAGGAUUCAGUUGCAGGAGCUCCUUAAAAAUACACAAAAGAACCCACAUUGGUGAGAAAAAGAAAAUCAAAACAUUUUUGUCAAAAUUUGUAAUAUUGAUGUCCCAUUGACAACCAAACAUGCUCGACGAAACAUUUUUAUGCGUGAUAUGUAUUCACCAUGUUAGGAUAAACAUUCGACAGAAAAAACUGGGACUUUAUAUUUGAUAAUUCAAAAAAAAAAAAAAAAGCAGCUAUGGUCAAAGGCGUUUUUGUCCUUUUGCCCUGGUCAAAACAGGUUAUACACAGGAGACCAGUGCAAAAUAGUGACUAUAUAUAUAUAUAUAUAUAUAUACACAACAUAUAAUACACAGUGUAUCGUACAUUACAUAUUUAUAUAUAAACUACAAUAUAAAAUUUGUUAGAUACUUUUCAAUGUUUAAAACAGACCAUAAAAUGAAAACUAUAUGCAUUUCUUAGUCUUUGAUUCCUCAGAGGCCUUGGUCAGUUCCUCCCUGGCUGGAGACACAGGCCCACAUUGUUUGUCUCACACAUCCAGGCAGUACUCCUCUGCAGAGGAGGUGCCCCAUGCUGGCUCUCUGCAAUUUCAGUCAAUGACAACACUGGAAUCUCCACAGCCCUCUCCAGGACAUAGGUCAGGUAGAUGACGGGUACUUAUUUCAUGGUCAAUUCAUAGCACAUACACAGUAUAUAUCUUUUUCUCAUCACAGCACAAACUGUAGCAGAGAAGUAGCAGGGGUGAAAGUGGAUAGAAAUUUCUUGCUGAGAUUCCCUGAAACGAAGGUUGCCGCGGAGCCUGAAAUGUUUUUUUUGGGGGGGGGGCUCAAACCUUGGAAAACCACUGAAAUGCAGAUCAAACUGCUUUUGGCACAGUUAUUCCUAGAAACACAAAUUUUCAUUCAAACUUCUUUUUCAAUGAUUUGCAAAAUAAAUGUUAACAGAACCAGCAGUAACCCAAACUCCUAAUCUUCCCCCCCCCCACAUUUUCUAAAUGCAAAACCUCCAUUUUAACUACUUUAGAACAUUGGAUGUUCAUUAAAAUAGUGUACUGCACAUAACACGUCACCUUUAUUCAGUAAUAUUCAUGACAUUACUGACUGU